AGUUUCGAAGCGCAAUUGCGCGAGUCGCAAAUAGAGGAGUAUAUCAACCCACCCACCGAGGGCAGCGAGGAGGCAACGAUAGCAACCAGCGAGUCCAACAAUACAGCUUUAGACGAGGAGUUAGAGGAUAACUUCAAUGGCAUUGAUUGGGAUCGUCUCCCUCGGUUUAUGAAGCCUAUAGCGUCGCAGCGUCACAAGAAAAGCUGGGUCUAUAACUACGGCUGGCGCGUCGCGCUGCGAAGCAAUCCUCAACGCAUAUAUUUCGUAUGCCGCUAUUGUUACGAGCAUAAGCUUAUUGACCUCGGCGUCACGAAGGUAUACGAGACAACAAACUCAACGUCUUCUGCCCAUCGACACCUUGGAGAGAAGAGACGCGGCCAU